AUGUCCAUUAAUGAUAAACAUGAAUUGCAUAAGAACUCUACAGGUUUACCAAUUCCUACCACUAGUUCUUUUGACCCGAUGAACGUUGAUAAAUGUGCAAAAUUUGGUGAAAUAACAAAUUGCCCACAAGAAGAACCAUAUUGCUUUGUGGACGGGAACAUACUCGAAUGCGGAUUGACAAGUCGAAUGGGUUGGAGAAUUAGUCCUUUAGACGGGUUGAUUUUGAAUAAUGGUCAAAAUCCUAAUCCAAAUUGUAAUUUAUUUAACCCACCAGAUCAACUUGGUAUCAAGGAAUUAAUAUUUAAGCUGUUGAGUGAGAGUGAGUUUGGUUUGGGGUUUAAGGAUCGUGAACCCGCCGCUUGGUAUAAUUCAUUUGAUUACCUUGGAAAUUGUCCUUUAAGAACUCAAUUUUGCGAUGAAGACCUUUUAAUUUGUAAAAAUUUAUUCGAUCCUGGAAAUAAAUGUAAUUCGUCUAACCAAUGUUUCACUCAUCUUUGUGGGAAACGUGACGUGAAUGUUCCUGAAGACAUCACCGAAAGAAUCUGUGUUGAUAACACAGACUUAAAUGAUGAAGGGAAGGAGAUUAUGAAGAGAUAUAAAUCGUUAUUGAUCAUCGUAUCACUUUCUAUUGGGUUCACUAUGCUCAUCAUAGUGGUAACAAUACUCUUCAUCGGUGCUUAUAAGAAGAAGAUUAAAAUACCUGUUGAUAAUAGUGAACCCAUUAACUCACCACUUUCAUCUGACGGACCCACUAAUUCACAGCCCGGAUUCGUCGCAAAACAUUUAUCUGUUUUAAAUUCAAGAUUUUCGUUUUAUAGAUCUCGUCCUUCCUCUAAACUCACCGUCGAUGGUAGAAGGGAAACAUUUUCUUCCGAUAAUCUCUCUGUUUUAUUACCUCCUCCCCCUACAAUAACUAAUGAUGUCUCUUUAUAUAAUAAUCCCUAUACUAAUAACGAUCAUUAUUCGGAUAGAAAUGUGUCCCAACCUCCCGUUAGAGAUUCCUUCGAUAUUUAUCUUUCCCCAAACCAGACUGUGUAA